AGAAGCACCUUCGUUGCACAACGAGCGAAGCUCUUUUCCUUCUCCUCUCUCGUUUUAUGCGCUUCCUCUUCCCCACGCGCCUCAUCAACAACUCAUCUCUCGGUCUCCUCCGAUCUCCACGCACCGCCGCGCCGAUCCGUUCUCUCUGGUUUCGCAGCAAGUCUCCGGUCUUCCGAUCGGCGACUAGUCCAAUAAUGGCGGCGGCCGCCUUCUCUUCAUCGUUGUCGAUUCCUCCUAACUCGGAAGAAGCACUUCCUGGGAAGCUAUGGAUCAAGUUUAACAGAGAGUGCCUCUUCUCUAUCUAUAGCCCCUUCGCCGUCUGUUUAGCCGCCGGAAAUCUCAAGAUCGACACAUUUCGUCAGUAUAUUGCACAGGAUGUUCAUUUCCUUAAGGCGUUUGCUCACGCGUAUGAACUGGCCGCAGAGUGUGCUGAUGAUGAUGAUGAUAAAUUGGCAAUUUCUGACUUGAGGAAAAGCGUGAUGGAAGAAUUGAAAAUGCACAACUCAUUUGUACAGGAUUGGGAUUUAGACAUCAACAAAGAAGUAAGUGUUAACUCAGCAACUUUGAGAUACACUGAGUUCUUGUUAGCUACAGCUUCCGGAAAAGUAGAAGGAUGCAAAGCUCCCGGCAUGCUUGAUACUCCAUUUGAAAAAACAAAAGUUGCUGCUUAUACGCUUGGUGCUGUGACACCUUGCAUGAGGUUGUAUGCCUUUCUCGGUAAGGAGUUUGGAGCACUUCUUGAUCUGAGUAAUGUGAACCAUCCCUACAAGAAAUGGAUCGAUAAUUAUUCUAGUGAUGCUUUCCAGGCAUCGGCCAAGCAAACUGAAGACUUGCUUGAAAAGCUUAGUGUCUCUAUGACUGGUGAAGAAUUGGACAUAAUUGAAAAAUUGUAUCAACAGGCUAUGAAACUUGAAGUAGAAUUCUUCCAUGCCCAACCGCUGCUUCAGCCUACCAUAGUUCCACUGGUCAAGAACCACUCAAAAGAUGAUCUGGUGAUCUUUUCUGAUUUUGAUCUGACUUGCACCGUUGUGGAUUCUUCUGCUAUUUUAGCGGAAAUAGCAAUUGUAACUGCCCCAAAAGAUGAACAGAGUCGAUCUGGACAACAAAUUCAUCGGAUGCUCUCAUCUGACCUUAAGAACACCUGGAAUCUACUUUCGAAACAAUACACAGAGCAUUAUGAAGAAUGCAUAGAGAAUAUUCUGAAUAAAGAAAAAGCGGACAAGUUUGACUAUGAGGGUUUAUGUAAAGCACUAGAGCAGCUUUCAGAUUUUGAGAAAGAGGCAAACAAUCGAGUGAUCGAGUCUGGUGUACUCAAGGGCCUGAAUCUCGAAGACAUUAAGCGUGCUGGGGAAAGGUUAAUUCUUCAAGAUGGCUGCAUCAAUGUCUUCCAGAAAAUUUUAAAAACUGAGAAUCUGAAUGCAGAACUUCACGUGCUUUCCUAUUGUUGGUGUGGCGACCUCAUCAGGGCAGCCUUUUGUGCAGGCGGAGUAGAUGCAGUGGAAGUACAUGCAAAUGAAUUCACAUUCGAGGAAUCUAUCUCGACUGGUGAGAUCGAAAGAAAGGUGGAAUCCCCGAUUAACAAAGCUCAGCAGUUCAAAAGUAUCCUACAAAACAGAAAGGAUGAGAACAAGAAGAAAAGUUUCUUGAGUGUGUAUAUUGGAGAUUCGGUUGGUGACUUGCUGUGUCUCCUCGAAGCAGAUAUAGGAAUAGUGGUUAGCUCUAGCUCGAGUCUCAGGAGAGUUGGAAGCCAUUUUGGUGUCUCAUUUGUGCCUUUGUUUUCUGGAAUCGUCCAGAAACAGAAACAACAUACUGAAGAAGAAUCAUCAUCAACCUGGAAAGGACUCUCUGGCACACUUUACACAGUUUCAAGCUGGGCCGAAAUUCAUUCAUUCGCUCUUGGAUGGGAGUAAACCGGUAGAACAAAGUAUAUGAAGAGAUUGGUGUAUAUACUGCCGAGUGGCCAGUUUUAUCAAGAGCCACACAAAUUUCAGUAAGUGUGAGUACCAAUGGCGAUGAUGACCUUUGGUUUGUUUCGUCUAGCAUUUCAUUUUAAUGAGCUUCUGUUGCUGCUCUUUUGCGAUGAUCUCAUGAUGUGGCUUUCGACAGAAAAUUGUGAUGCCGAGAUGUCAUUUUAUAC